UGCUGUGGAUGGUGGCUUCAUUGCUGAUGCUUGUUGAAGAUGUGUUUUCUGAAGAGGAGAAUAAAGAGGCUAAUUUGGACCUCCAGCGGGUCCUCAGGCACCCCUCCUGGUCUCCUGCAGAGGAUCUGGAGCAGGACAGAAGGUUGCACACACCCUGGCCUGAAGACAUUGUAGAGUGGUCACAGGAAGAAGACGUCCCGCAGAGCAGAUGGCCACGAUCUCCUCACGAACCGAACUCGCCCAGAUCAACAAGGAGGAACCGCAAGAAGACGAAGAGCAGUCGCGACUGCCAUUUGGAAAAGAAAGAGAUGAGGGUGCGUGAUCUUGGUCUUGGCUACGAUUCAGACGAGAUAAUCCUCUUUAAGUACUGCGUUGGCACGUGCUUCAGCUCCCGCAAGAACUAUGACCUGGCCCUCAAGUCUCUGAUGGACAAUGGGAGCAUCACUGGGAAGAAGGUCAGCAGUCACCCAUGCUGUCGGCCAUCCCGCUAUGAAACUGUGUCGUUCAUGGACGCCCAGACCACGUGGCAGACAAUUAAAUGGCUUUCUGCAGCCAACUGCAGCUGUGUGGGAUGACUGAAGAGAAGAGACUAUCUGAAAUACACAAGCAGAGGAGAGCUCUUGUGUGAAAGAGCAGGGUGCCACCAAUACUGAUCUUUAUAGUUGGGGUAGUCGAUCCUGGUUCAGGUGGUCUGAGGAGUCGGCCCGAGAUGGGAUCCACAGUCCCUGCAUGUCUACCAAUGUCCAGGGGCAGUGGAAGGAUUGUUUACUGCCACAAGCAAUAAGUACAGAGAGCAAACUAUCUGACCUUUAGGGGCUAAGUUGGUGGACACUCUUUGUACCCUUGAAUCAGCAGAUUGAAGGCACGUGCAACAUCCUCUGGCAGCCAUGUUUGAGGUCUUCAGCUCUUUUGCACAAGAAGGAAUGAAGGGCAUUUAUUUUUUAUUUUCAGUCCAACGUCUCAACAGUUUUCAAAAUGGUCACAAAGUGUGUAUGUUUUUGUUGCUAACACAUAGCCUUCUGGGUUAAAAUGACAUGCCAGUAGCAUGGAGGAGAACGUUACCUUCAAGGCUUUCUGCCAGAAAGCUCCUUCUCUUUCACCCCACAAGUCCCUUGACAGCCCAGAUACACGUAGAUGGUUAUUCAAUAGACAAUAGUGGUAAGUUUAAAUUAAGUUAAAACAGUUAAAUGGCUUUAGAUAAGAUUUGAACUGUGAUUCAACGCUAUAAAAACUCUACAUGUUUUAUGUUAGCCUGUUGACUUCUUAGUAAGCUAACAAAGCUAACCACUCAAUUGAGCUCAACAGUGGGAGACCACUUUUUUGGAGGCUUCUGGUCCUGGUUCCUGAAGUUAAUUUCCCCUUUCAAAUCCUCCUUUUCAUUAAAUCCUUAUAUCAAGAGAUUGAAGCCUGUUACCAUGACAACCAGCUACCCCAAUACUCGAGACUCUAAAACCUUUGCUUCGGCGCAAAAAUGCUGCUAAGAAACUGAGAAAAAGGCAAAGUUACAAGUUUCCGUAGUCAAGGAACUACAUUACUCAGUUAUUUUUCGGCAGCGUUGUUUGAACUUUUAUAUUCCUCUUGCUUUGUUUUAUUUCCUAUGAUACACUUUCAUUGUUUGCCAAAAGCCAGUUAUCCAAUGUACCUCCAUGACGGAGCCAAAUGUAAUAUCCCGAUUGUUCUGAAUCACCAGCAAAGCCUCUGUUGAAAAAAAAAAGUAACAGCCUCAUAUUAAGCAAAACUCGACCACUUAAAGACCAAAUACUCUGACGUGAGGACAUGCUCAUAAGAACUCACAACUUCGAAUCAGUUGUAAUAUUUUGUUUUUGUAAAUACAAAUGGUCUUUAUAAGACCAACAAUCGCCUUCACAAUGUGAUGCAACUCUACCUUACCUUCCAGGGCAGCUCAAUCCUACUCUAUCUGGUCGAGAAGAACUCCUCAUGAGAGCAACGAGUAGGCAGUCCUACACACACACACACACACACACACACACACACACACACACACACACACACACACACACACAGACACACACACACGGGCAAACACUUUAACAUGACCACAUUGGCUUUUCUAAAUUCAGCUAUAAUACCGCAUUAACGUUUAGCCAGCCUAUGCUAAUGAAUAAUUCAUUUAUAAGUCUGCAGUGCUGGUUUCAGCACGGCUUGUUUACACCUCUGGCAGCAGUCUAUUGUAAGACACCGUCACAAAUAUAGUCAUGGGCUAACCAUCAGUCAGAGACACAGCUUUUCAGCACAUGGUCUAUUUUCAGAUCAGGUGUGACAUGACACCACUUACAACCACUCAGCCUGCAGUUUAAACAAACGAGUGGACAACGAGUUCAGAUGUCGUGUGUGUGUGUCACUGCUGAACGAACACAUCUGCAAGCAGCUUUGCAAAGACGCAGCGUAGACUGCAAUCUUAUCAAUACCUACUUAUACUAUGUCAAACACAAUGCAGGUUAAUAAUGAGCACAUGCAAGCAUUUAACUAUUUAGCUUUCCACAAUGACUUUUCCUUUUUUGAGGAAAACUGCUCUUACAGAAUAAAAGCCAAGUCUAAUUGUUGAAGUGGCUUCUUCCUUCACUGGCUUCCCACCCACCUACGCCUCCGCAUUGUUUGUUUAAUGAAUAGUAGCAUUCACAUUCAUUUUUUGUAAAAAGUGUGUAAUCCAAUUUGUGUGUGAGGGGGUUUUCAUGCUUCAUGUUACACUCACAUUGCACUUAUUUUGGCUCAUCAUGGACAGCAGAUGGCAUGAAAUCGUUCAUAGUCAAAUUGCCAGCUUAAUUAUAAUGUAGUAAAAAAUUACAAAAUAUAUAAAAGGUCACAUAUCCUCCUCCUCUUCAACCAGUUUAAAUAAGUCUCAGAGCUCCACAAAACAUGUGUGUGAAGUUUCUUGUUCUAAAUCCACUCUGAUCCUGUAUUUGAUCAUGUCUAUAAACCCCUCUAACAGGCUGUUUCUGUGUCUGUACGUUUAAAUAUGUAAAUGAGCUGUGUCUGACCACGCCCCCUCUCUGGAAGGACUUGGGUGUCUCAGGCUUCCUCGCUCCAUGUCCUAUUGUUUACGGUGAGAAGGCAGACUCAGAGGGCAGAACAAACACCUAGCUGUGGGAGUGUCACCCACCUGGGGGAGGGGCUACUGCCCUUUGUGAUGUCAUGAAGGGAAAAUCUCUAAACGGCCUGUUUGAGCACACAUUUUCUGAAAAGUGGAGCAGGAAGAAGACGGAGAGGAUGGACUUUUCUCAUCAUUGGGGGUUUGUAGACAGACUAGAGACACAUGUUAGAGUUAGAGAAACAUGGUGAAGUGGAUUCUGUAUAUGUGACCUUUAACUUCUAUCAUUUAAAGCAAAAAGUCACAAAAAAAGAAGUGCUCCACAAUUCUUUUACAUCACACGGUGAAUAAUCAGAACGUGCAAUGUGUGCAGCUCUUCCUUUAUCAGUUGGAUGGCGUGUUACUUUGUGCAUUGGCUGAAGAAAGUGGCUCUUGAUGUCCACACUAUGUUGCAGUUGUUGUAAGGAUACUGAGCUGGUCACACACAUCGUGGUAACAUUUUGAAAGUAUUCUUUGAAACUGUGUGUAUCGGUGCUGAAGGCUUUGUUCUGCUGUGUUCUGUCCUUUACUAAACAUGUUGAUGAGACUUUGAGAAAUUCUUGAGAAUGACAAGAAGAAGUUUCAGUUUCCAGUCCGUCUGUAAACUGAAGUGAGUACCACAUAUCGUAUAGUAGAAGAUUUAUUUUGUACAUGCAAGCGCUGUAAGACAGAAUUCAUUCAAUCUUUCGUCUGUGUUCAGCUGCUUUAAAACAAGUCUAAAAAUAUCCAUGUGAGGCUUUGGCCUGCUUGUACUUUGUUUCAUAGCAGCAUGUCUCUCCGAAGAGUGUGUUUCCACGGAUCACACUGGGAUAACAAAGCACCUCCAGAUAUUUUUAUUACUACAGUUGGUCCUGCCUCCCACUAUUCAGCUCACUGAAAAACGUCCAACUUUUUUUUUUUGUGUUCAUCUGGAUCAUCUGAAGAAUGCUUACAGCCAAGCUCUCACACAAUCUCACAUUUGCUUUCAAUUACACCCGCUCAUGUUUCAUACAAGUGCAGGUUGUACAGCUCGAAGCUAAACAGAGACUCACAGGAGAAUAGGAGGAAAAGAAAUAUCACAAAUAAGGGCCCAAACACCAUCUAACUGGACCUUUGGUCUGUGACCCUUUCCUCAAAUUAAACACAACAAACCAAAAAUGACUCUGCUUAUGAUCCGCUCACGGGGUAGAUUUCAUUCAUUUCUGGAUUUCACACGUGUUGUUCAUAUAAAUGUAAAGAAAACAGAUGGCAUGGAGUCACUGUCAGGUGAAUAGCUUCUCCUCUGUAGGUAAACUAUUUCCCUAUUGUGCUAAGAUCCGACAACCACAUGGCAUGGGUGCCUCUCAUUUCUCACUAAAGUCUUCCUAAUUUUCCCACUUGCAUCUUCUGAUCUUUGUCACAUUUGCGUAAGAUGCAAGGGACAUAUUCAGGAGGAAUGUCCCCUCAUCUGACUGUGUAUAAGACAGCUUUUAGCAUGUUUCUCAAAACGGUAAAGUGCCCCAUUUAUAAGCUUGUUAGAGCCACCAAGCGGUCCAGUUCAGUCCGGUUCGAUACGGUCUGCAUUAAUUUGGGAAUGAAACUAAAAUAAGUGAUCCAUACUGUCCUACUUUUUUGCUCACCUUCUGUUGAAACAGGGGCGUGUCCAGAGGGCUGACCUGUAGUGGCAUGGGGCCCCCUUGAAAUCGUUUUGGCCACCCCAAUUGCCACCCUACGACCCUUGAAUAUUAUUGGUUAUUGGCCUUGCCAGAGGUGGGUCUUAUGUUGAAAUCCCCUAUUCAGACUGUGUUGCAACAGGCAGCUCGUACUUUUCAGUUUGCCGAUGUUUUUUUGCAAUAUUUAAAAUACUUUAAAUUGUGUCUUUGGGCAACAUAUUCUUUUGAGUCCUUGAAGAACGAAGCUUAGAAGAUGUACAUGUUGCCGUUAUCCUGUGUUAUUUAAGGUGGAUGUGAUUGGUGCAGACAGAAAGGGUAAAUAAACGCUCUUCAUUCAUGUGUGUGCACACAAACUGUUGGGCCACCCCAGUCCAAAAAGUCUGGACAAGCCCCUGUGUUGAAAUGACAAGCAUACCGAUCCGAGCCUAAAGGGUGGAGCCAGACACGCUGCUGUCUGUUGAUUCAUGGAAAGAAUCGUCACUUCCAGGGGUAAUAAAAGACAAUCACAAAACGCACCAUUUUUAAAUAGAGUCAUUUAUAGGCUUUUUUCCAUUGGCUCCAUUGUUGCCCUUGUUUACCGUGUCCAGUUCUUCUUCCUUGGAUUUAUUGCCGGGCUACACUGUGUCGUACUGCUAUGAUGUCAUGCUAUUAUGUAGCUGAUGCCACUAACACUAUCCAGCCUACACUCCUCUUAAGGGUACGGUUGGCUGUGGAAACAAGAUCAGGGUUUGCUGGACCAAACCGUACUGAACCAAACCAAAAAGACUGCUUGGUGUAAACAGGGCCUAAGACCAUCAGCCCCCCUAACGUGAAGAGAAUGUAUAAAAGAUGCUUUCAUGAGGAUACUAUAGGGUAAAAACAAGUUAACACAUUGAGAAAGACUUGCUGCCAGCUAAUGUAGACUAUUUGUAAGUGCGUUGUAUCAGUAGGAAGAUCCUUCCUGAGGCCUUGUGUCGCUGGUGACUUCAAACUCCUCUGUACAUGACUCCUCUAAAGAGAUGCCAUGCAUCGUGUUGCCUUACUGUACAUAAGAGUAUUUAUUGUUUAAAUUAUUUUAUUUAUUCUUCAUGUUCAUUAAACCUGUUAAACCUG